AGGAAUCCAAAGGUUUUAUUUUUCACUUGUUUUUUCCUUAUAAGCUUUGAAUCGAAAGGUAUAGAAAUUUAUUUUGGAAGAAUAAUAAGUGCCUUUUUGGUGUUGGUGAACUGGUUCUUAACCCUUUUUAUCAAACCACUAUAAUAGACUCUUUCCUAACAAUCAAAUUCAAGUGAAGCAACUAAAAGAAACCCAUAAAAAGUUGAGGCUCAUUUCACCUUUUGCAUUAGGGAUAUAUUGAGUAUGGCUUAAGUCAUCCUCAUGGAAAUGGUCUCUUUCACAAUCCCUGAGGGUUCAAUGGAAUCAAGUGGACCUAACAUUUCUCACUCCAUCUGCCCUAUACCACUAUAUAAGGAACUCCUCCAACAACUAUCCCAAAAGCAACCCAGCAACAAUCCCAAAAUUCAAUCUUCUAGUACUGUCUUCUUUUCUCUUCUAUUCUGCUCUCCUUCCUUUUACAAUGGCAAGUUUUGGGUCAGCAGUUGUUUGUGCAAUUCUAGUCCUGAUCAGUAUGGUGGUGCCAAAUUUGGCAAAAGUUUACACUGUGGGAGACUCCACUGGCUGGACAACGGGCGUUGAUUAUAGCACCUGGACUAGCGGCAAGACCUUCACAGCUGGUGACAGCCUUGUAUUUAACUAUGGAGGAGGGCACACAGUGGACGAAGUGAGUGCUAGUGACUACAACACAUGCACAGUGGGCAAUGCAAUUUCUUCAGACAACAGUGGAGCCACCACCAUAGCCCUCAAGACUGCAGGGACUAAGUAUUACAUAUGUGGAGCGGUUGGGCAUUGUGGGAGUGGCAUGAAGAUUGCAAUCCCUGUUAAGGCAGCAGCAUCAUCAGGAACUACUACUCCAUCUUCAGGUUCAGGCACCACUCCUGCUAGUACCUCACCAGCUGGGACUAAUACCACCAUCUAUAAACCUUCCUCUAAUAAUGUGCCUGACUCAGCUUCACCAACUCUUUCUCUAUUUGUGGGUAUAGUGGCUACUUGGGUUGCAUUUUGUGUGAUGGUUUUCUCAUUGUAAAAUUUGGCAAGGGUGGUCUCACCUUAGCCAGGAAGAGGCAGUGCUCUUUCAGUCUCUUUAUUUUCUUGUCUUUUUUUCUUAACUUGUAUUCGGGAUUGCCAUUGCUUUUUAUUAUUAAUGAGUAGGUCAUAUUGAUAUC